CAGAACUACACCUCUUUCGCUCACUCUUUUUCUUCUUGCUUGCACAACCAUGGCGUCCAUCUCAUCGCUGCUCGAAAAGAUGACGAGCAAUGAUAACGACUUUCGUUUCAUGGCUUGCAACGAUCUGAUGACCGAGUUGAACAAGCCAGAGUUCAAGCUCGACGCUGAUACGGAGGGCCGGAUUGUCACGAUGCUGCUCAAGCUCGUCGACGACAAGAACGGCGAGGUCCAGAACCUGGUCGUCAAAUGCCUUGCUCCCCUCUCGCGCAAGAUCCGUGACAACCGCAUCGAAGAGAUUUGCGAUCGUCUGUGCUCGAACAUUUUGUCGGAAAAGGAGCAGCUCCGCGACAUUUCCAGCAUUGGCCUCAAGAAUGUUGUGAGCGAGAUUGCGCCCGGUUGCCAGGUUGGACAGACCGUGUCUAAAAACCUCGUCACGCGGCUUUUGAAGGCCGUUUCCAAGGACGAGCUCGGUGUCCAACAACCCGCCCUGGAAAUCCUCGCAGACAUGCUCGAUCGCUUCGGCUUGCAGCUGGCUCCCUUGCAUUCGACCAUUCAUGAAGCACUCGUGCCGCUGCUCAGCAGCCCAAAGGUCGCCGUCCGCAAGCGCGCAAUUGUCGCGAUCGGCUUCCUGGUGCCUGUUGUCCCCGAGGCCCAGUUCACUGGCCUGAUGCAAAACCUGACGACUCGCUUGGACACCCCCAAGCCCACUGCAGACACCAAGACCGUCAUUCAAUGUCUCGCCACCAUCAGCCGUCACGCCGGCAGCCGUCUCGACAAUCGCCUGGGCCAGAUUGUGCCUCGCAUUGUGAGCUUCUGCGCCGUCCAGGACGACGAGCUCCGUGAGUACUGCUUCCAGGCUCUCGAGUCCUUUGUCUUCCGCUGCCCAAAGGAAAUUUCUGCAGACCUGUCCAAGGCGGUCGCGCUGUGCCUCAAGUUUAUCGAGUACGACCCCAACUACAACUACGACGACGACGAAGACAGCAUGGACACCCGUGGCGACGACGACGACGAGGGCGGCUCGGACGAUGGCGGCGACGACGAUGACGACGCGUUCAGCGAUGACGAGGACAUGAGCUGGAAGGUGCGCCGCAGCGCCGCCAAGUGUCUUGCAGCCAUCGUCUCAACUCGCCCGGAUCUCUUGGACGACUUUUACGCCACUGUCACACCAGCGCUCAUUGCGCGUUUCAAGGAACGCGAGGCGACAGUCCAGAUCGAGUUGUUCCAGGUCUACCUGGCCGUGUUGCGCAACACGCGCAUCGCCGUCUCGGCUUCGACCUCGGCUGGCGCUUCCUUCGGCGGCGCUGCGCCCAUGCACACUGGCGACGACUCGGCCGCCGACACUCCCAUUGCCGCCACCUUCCGCCGUGAGGUGCCUUCUCUCGUCCGGGCUUUGCAAAAGCAGCUCAAGGGCAAGGACAUUCGAGCCCGUCAAGGCUGCAUGUCGAUUUUGAAGGAGGCGGCGUCCGCCAUCCUCUCGGCCUUCUCGUCCACCCUGCCCCAGCUCGUGCCUGGCAUCAAGCUGGCUCUGACGGACAAGGCCUCGACCUCCAACCUCAAGAUUGAAACGUUGCAGCUGCUGGCGCUCAUCUUCUCGACUCACCAGCCAGAGUAUGUCCAGCCAGUCGUGUCCACGCUCGCUCCGUUGCUCGUCACGGGGAUCCAGGACUCGUUCUACAAGAUUGUUGCCGAGUCUCUCGCUGCCGCUACCCAGCUUCUCCGCGUCCUUCGCGCAUCCUCUGCCUCCACCUCCUCUUCUGGCGCCUCCACAUCUGCCUCUGACAUUUCCGCGCUGGCUGCCUCGCUCUUUCAGGUUGUGUUUGCUCGCCUUUCGUCGUCGGUUGCCGAUCAAGAGGUCAAGGAGCGCUCCAUCACCUGCAUUGGCCACCUGAUUGCCUCGUUUGGCGACGUUCUGGCGCAAGACACUGCUCGCGCGCUCCCCGUGCUCGCCGAGCGUCUGCGCAACGAGUCCACUCGCCUUGCUGCCGUUCGCUCGUUUGGCCGCAUUGCCGAGUCGUCCCUCACGCUUCCUCUCAACGCCGUGCUUUCGGACGUGGUGCGUGAAAUUGCCGGCUUUUUGCGCAAGAACAACCGCUCGUUGCGCGUCGCCUCCCUGGAGACCCUCAGCGCCAUUGUGCGAGUCUAUGCCGCCUCGGUCGAUGCCUCAAUCUACCCAUCGGUGCUCGCAGAGCUGCGUCCUCUCAUCAGCGAUGCCGAUCUGCACGUGGCGCAGCUCGCCGUCACCGUCGCGUCUGCCAUUGUCACUGCCUUCCCAGGCUCGGUGGCUGCCGUGUCCGAGCAGGGCGUUUUGGAGGCUGUGCUCCAGUUGCUCCGCUCGUCCAUGCUGCAAGGCGGCGCGCUCGACGCGACCUUGGUCUUCUUCCGCACGAUUGUGGCCGGUGACUCUGGGCUCAACUACCGCACCAUCAUUGAGACGCUCAUCCGACCCAUCUACAUGGAAAACGUGGCCACCGUGCCAACCGGCGCGCCUUCGACGCCGCACCAGGCCUUCUACUCAAUCUCCAAGUGCGUCGGUGGCGUCUGCCUCGCGCGCCCUGCCGAGCACAUUGCGAUCGUCUCGCAGUUUGCCGCCGACGUGGAAAACCCCGGCACCGUGGAUAACAUCAAGCUGCUCGCGCUGCUCUGCAUUGGUGAGAUUGGCAAGUUCCUCGAUCUGUCCUCCCUCCCGAGCUUGUCUGCGUUGAUCAUCACCCAGUUUGGCGCUUCCUCCGAGGAAGUCAAGACGGCUGCUUCGUACGCCCUCGGCUGCAUGAGCGUCGGCAACUUGUCGCAGUACCUGCCUUUCAUUCUGGCCCAGAUUGAUGCUCAGCCCAAGCGCCAAUACUUGCUGCUUCAUUCGCUCAAGGAGAUUAUCUCGUGCAUCUCUCUCAACCCCGAGUCGGUGACGCUCAUCACCCCGUUCGUCUCGCAGAUCUGGUCGCUGUUGAUGGCUCAUUCCGCCAGGGUCGAAGAGGGCACCCGCAACGUUGUCGCAGAGUGCCUCGGCAAGCUGACGGUGAUCGACCCUGCCACCUGCUUCCCCGAGCUCGAGGCUCGCAUUGCCGACCCGUCAGCCUUCACCCGAGCCACUGUCGUUGCCGCCGUCAAGCACACGAUCGCCGACACUACCCAUUCGAUUGAUUCCUUCCUCCUGGCUCACGUCGCGCGUUUCCUGCAGAUGAUUCAAGAUCCCGACAGCACUGUUCGUCGCGUCGCGCUUGUGGCGUUCAACUCGUCCGCCCACAACAAGCCAUUCCUGGUCCGCGAUUUGCUCGGCGCGUUGCUUCCAGCCCUGUACACUGAGACUCGUCCUCGGCCUGAGCUGAUUCGCAUUGUUGAGAUGGGUCCGUUCAAGCACACUGUGGAUGAUGGUCUUGACAUCCGAAAGGCUGCAUACGAGUGCAUGUACACGCUCUUGGACACUUGCUUGGAUCGCAUCGAUCUGUAUGAGUUCCUCGGCCAUGUCAUGGGAGGCCUCAAGGACCACACCGACAUUAAGACUUUGUGCCACCUGAUUCUCAUGCGUCUCACUGUCUACUCGCCGACUGUGGUCUUGCAACGCCUUGACGAGCUGAUUGAGCCUCUGCGUGCGACCAUCACCACUCCUGUCAAGGUCAAUGCAGUCAAGCAGGAGGUUGAAAAGAACGACGAGAUUGUUCGCUCCGCGCUGCGUGCUGUUGCCGCUAUUUUGCGCAUCCCUGAUGCUGCUGCAACCGGCAAGUUUGGCGCUUUCAUCGCUGAGCUGAACGCUGAUGCGGCCACACGUGCCAAGCUUGACGCCGUUGUCAAGGAUGACCAAAAGUUGGGCCCUCUCGAUGCGAUGGACACCAGCGCAUGAGCAUCAGCCCUCAGUGUUUUUUUGGUCGUUGUUAGCUGUCUUGGCACUUCUCUCAUAAUGUCGUCUGUCGUCGUGGAUGUUUUUUUUUUCUAAUUGUGUUGAAAUGCAUCCUCCAUUGACAGUCA